CAGAGCUCCAUCUUCCAUCCUUCCUCAGAACAAGCCGCCGCUCUCCCUCUGGGACCACAAUCGCCGCCUGCUGCCUUCCCCCCCCGCGACAAGCCGCUCGCCGACCUCGCGUUCACACGCGCCGCAGUGUCGACUUCAUUUCGCGCAUGCUCCAGCACUGAACCACAACCCACCGGCCACGAUGUCGAACGGGCCCCCCGUCGAUAUCGCCAACGGGCAUGGCGUCGCCCUCUCGUCCUCGGGGCCGAAGAAAGUCGCCUACUUCUACGACUCGGACAUUGGCAACUUCGCAUACCCUGCCGGCCAUCCCAUGAAGCCGCAUCGCAUUCGGUUGGCUCACAGCUUGAUUAUGAACUAUGGCGUCUACAAGAAGAUGGAGAUUUACAGAGCGAAACCUGCCACGCGACUCGAGAUGACGCAGUUCCACACCGACGAGUACAUUGACUUCUUGCAAAAAGUCAGCCCUGAGAACAUGGAAAACUACCAGCGCGAACAGACCAAAUUCAAUGUCGGUGACGACUGUCCCGUGUUCGACGGACUGUUUGAGUUCUGUGGCAUUAGUGCCGGUGGUAGUAUGGAAGGUGCCGCACGGCUCAACCGCCAAAAGUGCGACGUCGCCGUCAACUGGGCUGGAGGUCUUCACCAUGCCAAGAAGAGCGAAGCUAGCGGCUUCUGCUAUGUCAAUGACAUUGUUCUCGGCAUUCUCGAACUCCUUCGCUUCAACAAGCGCGUGCUCUAUAUCGACAUCGAUGUCCACCACGGAGAUGGAGUUGAGGAAGCUUUCUAUACGACAGACCGUGUCAUGACAGUAUCGUUCCACAAAUACGGAGAAUAUUUCCCUGGCACUGGUGAGCUUCGAGACAUUGGUAUUGGCCAGGGCAAAUACUAUGCCGUCAACUUUCCUCUGCGCGACGGCAUCGACGACAACUCCUACAAGUCCAUCUUCGAGCCCGUCAUUCAGGGAGUCAUGGAGUUCUACCGUCCUGACGCCGUAGUAUUGCAGUGUGGUGGAGACAGUCUGUCUGGAGAUCGGCUGGGUUGCUUCAACCUGAGCAUGGAAGGCCAUGCUAACUGUGUCAAGUUUGUCAAGAGCUUCAACCUACCGACAAUGGUCCUUGGUGGUGGUGGCUACACCAUGCGCAACGUUGCGCGUGCUUGGGCCUAUGAGACUGGUCUGCUCGUCGAUGCCGACAUGAAUAGACAACUGCCGUUCAACGAGUACUACGACUACUACGGACCCGAUUACGCGCUAGAUGUACGCGCUUCGAACAUGGAGAACGCGAAUAGCACCGAGUACCUUGAGAAAAUCAAGAACCAGCUAAUCGACAACCUGCGCCGCACAGCUCAUGUACCAUCUGUACAGAUGCAGGAUGUGCCUCGGCAAUCUCUUGGCGCCAUGUCCGAUGAGGAUGAUGCCGAGCUCGACGAUAUGGACGAGGAUGAGAACAAGGACGUUCGCAUGACACAGAGGCAGUGGGAGCAAAGGGUUGAGCGCGACAAUGAAUACGAGGAUAGCGAUGACGAGGACAUGGACAAGGCCAACGGGGUGGACCCAAGGAACAAGCCCCGGAUGAGGCUGCUCGACUUUGACGACAACAAGCCAGCCCCUGACAGUGGCGACUCGUCUCCAGCUCCUGGAACGAACGCGACCUCGGCCACCUCGAAGCCGAAGGACGCUGACAAGGUCAUGGAAGACGCCGACGCCAAGGAAGCAGAUACAGCGGGCGAGACCACCGUUACUGCUGGCAAUGAAGAAAAGCAGAACGGCACAGCGACGCCAGCUGCCGGCAUUGCUGCUGAGGAGGAAGCCCUGAAGCAGGCACAGCAGGCCAGUACGAAGGAGAAGACACCAGCUGAGGCGGAGAAGGCCGACGCCGAAAAGACCAAGCCUGACGCUGAAUCCGCAGCCGACACGCAGCAGACUACAAAGGAGACCGAGCCAUCAAAAGAGGACGAAGUUAUGCAAGAUGCACAACCGAAGGAGUCCGAGACCGCCGCGGUCAAGGCAAAGAGCCCUGCGGCAGAAGCCUCAAUACCAGAGAAGCCUGCGGAGGCGGCGAAGGUGGACGGCGAUGGUGAUGUUGAUAUGGGCGAAGCCACGACGACAGCUGCGGAGCCCGAGAAGAAAGAUGCUCCAGAAGUCAAACAGGAGGAGGUGACCGAGCCCGCAGCAGAGCCAGCCAAAGCCACCGAAGAGGCUGAGAAGGCCAAGGAAGAGACGUCCACCUCAUGACCACGGAAGCAGGGCGAGAGCAGGCAUCUUGCAGGCACGGAUGUGAGCGACUGAAAGGGAUGGUCUCCCUCUCUAUCGUCUACGACAUUGUGUAUUGCGGUAGAUGGUGCCAGCAUCCUCGGUCAUGGCUGUAUAUAACAAGCCCAAGCGAUCGGCGUUUAGGUUUCACUGCAUUCUUGGGGAAGAUUCGAAGGGAGUUGGGCUUAUGAAUCUCUAUCGUAGCAAACUGACAACAAGGACUCUCUACCUACGAAGUUGAUGAUCCAGACUCGUGCAUGCUUGUUGAAGUGGGUACACCUUCGUUAUUCGGGCCAUGAUGGCUUUGAUAGCUAUUGAUGUUUUCAUAAUCGUAGCGCUGAAGAGAGACGGCGGCUAUGAGCGAGCCAUAACGUGCACCAGGCGUGGCCAAGUGCUUAGGAAGCUCAAAUCUUGCCAUAGUGUCGUCAUGCGACGAUCCUCCUCGGUGCAACAGAUCCCGUCGAGCUCG